AUGUUGGCUCGUAUAAUUGAUGAGGAGCGAGAGUAUCAUUGUGAGGGAAGCACAAUUGAUACUUGGAACCACUGGCUAAAUGUGAAGCAGAAGAAGAUAUUUUGGAAAGAGCUAUACGACUUGGAUGUUGCUGCACGAGUGUUUAAAAAGAAGAAGGACAAAGAAAAGGUGACGUUUUUAGAAGAUUCGUCUUCUAAAUCUGGGUUGGAGAGCUUGAAAGCUCUGGAAGAAAAGAUUUUGGGGGCCAUGAGUGAAGGGUUUUCUGGUCUUAAAUCAGUGGUGGAGGCAAAGCUGGGUGAUAUGGAUGUGAGGAUGAGUAAAUUUGAAAAGAACCAGCGCCAACUUAGAAGAAGGGCUAAGAAAAUAGAAGAAAAGCUGACUUCUAUUGAGAGCAACAAAAAUGAGGAGAGGAACUAUGGUGAAGAUAUGGAUUUUGGAUGGGAUGAUAGAGAUUAUGGUAGAGCUGAAGGGAAGGAAAACAGUGAGAAGGCUAAGGAAGACAAGGAAAACAGUGAGUCUGGCGAGGAAAAGGAUGUGGUCUCGGGUGGGGAAAACAGUAAGGAUGAAUACAUGGAGGAAUCAGAUGGAGAAAGUUCUCUGUUAAGGCUUCAGGAAAGAGUGAGAGUGCAAGCAGAAGAAUUUUGGAGGACAAUUGAUGAUGAGUCUGAGGCUGAGGAAGAGGUUGAGAAAGAGGGUGAGGAAGAGGCUGAGGAAGAGGUUCAAGAAGAGAAAGAGGGGAUUGCUGAGCUAGCUGAGAAAGAGGUUGAGGUAGAAGCUACUCAGAAAGAGCAAGAAGCUAUUCAGACUGAGAUUGUUGAGAAAGAGGCUGAGGUUACUGAGAAAGAUGCUGAGUUAGCUGAGAAAGAGGAUCAAGAUGUGGAUGAAGAGGAGGAAAAAGCAGAGGAAAGUGAAGAUAAUCAUGUGGAGAGUCCCUCUGAGAAACAUGCUGAGCUAGCUGAGAAGUCAGUUGAAUCUGAUGUCGAUCUAGAUGUAGAGGAAGAGGAGGAAAAAGCUGAGGAAAUUAAAGAUAAUCUUGUGGAGAGUCCCGCUAAGAAACAGACUGAGCUAGCUGAGAAGUCAGUUGAGGUAGAAUUAAAGACUAAGCGCAAGCCUAAGGUCAAGGUCAUAGCAGUGCCGUAUGGCAUUCCCAGAGCUGAGAGACUAGCAAAAAUGAGAGCUGAAGCUGAAAAAAAGAAAGCUAGAGCUGAAAAAAAGAAAGCUAAAGCUGAUGGUGCACCUAAGAAGAAAGGCAGGCCGAAGAAGACUGAGGCUACAUUGAAGCCAUGUACGCCGCUGCUGGAGAAGAGAAAAAGUGAACCAUCACGGUGGGUGCAGUCUCCUUUCACUGAGGGAAAGACUGAUGAGCUAGAAGUGCCAAAGAAGAAGCUUAAAACAAAAACCUAA